UCCAGGCUCAUGGCAGGAGGGAACCAGACCAGCAUCUUUGAGUUCCUCCUCUGGGGAUUCUCAGAGAGGCCAGAGCAGCAGCGCAUCCUCUUCCUGCUGUUCCUGUGGAUGUAUGUGGUCACUGUGGCCGGGAACCUGCUCAUUGUUCUGGCCAUUGGCACCAACACAUGUCUCCACACGCCCAUGUACUUCUUCCUCGCUAGCCUGUCCUGUGCAGACAUUCUUUUCACCUCCACCACCGUGCCCAAGGCCCUGGUGAACAUUCAGACCCAGAGCAGAUCCAUUUCCUAUGCAGGAUGCCUGACUCAGCUCUACUUCUUCCUGAAUUUUGGAAUCAUGGACAUCUUUCUCCUUGUCACAAUGGCCUAUGACCGCUACGUGGCCAUCUGCCACCCUCUCCACUACACCAUGGUCAUGAGCCGCCAGCGCUGCACACUCCUGGUUUCUGCCUGCUGGGCCCUUCCGAGUCUUGCUGCCAUGACCCACACCUUCCUCAUAUUCCGACUUUCUUUCUGCUCUAAGAAGAUCAUUCCUGAUUUCUUCUGUGAUCUGGGACCCCUGAUGAAGGUGUCUUGCUCAGACACUCAGGUCAACGAGCUUGUGGUCCUCGUCUUGGGGGGAGCAGUUAUUUUAAUCCCCUUUGUGCUCAUCCUGGUCUCUUAUAUCCACAUUAUUUCAGCCAUCCUGAGGAUUCCCUCUGCCCAGGGAAGACGCAAGUCCUUCUCUACCUGUGGGUCGCACCUUGCUGUUGUUGCCCUGUUCUUUGGGACCGUGAUCAAGGCUUAUCUGUGCCCAUCGUCCUCUUCCUCCAACUCAGUGGAAGAGGACACAGCAGCUGCUGUCAUGUACACCGUGGUAACUCCUCUGCUGAACCCCUUCAUUUACAGCCUGCGGAACAAGGACAUGAAAGGAGCCCUGGUGAGACUCUGCAAGGGCGAAGUCUCCCUCUCGUGGGGCCAGUAA